AUGAGCACGUCCCACAGCUCCGCUUCUACCAAUGAGCCCCCCGCCAGGCCCAAAAACGUUGAUACCCAGGGCGCAUUCAGAGAUGGCCCUCAGGCUCAGACAGAUACUCCGCAAGCGCUGGUCGAGUACGGCGAAUACCUCGGCCGAUGCAUUGCCAUGGCUGACCUCGAGCCCGCCACUUCGCAGACGGGGAACAAGCGGAAGCGGACUCCUACUUGA